AUGCACAACUGUCUCCGAAGAUCUAUGCGCUUUUGCAGGUGGAUGGGAUUAUUUCCAGUCGAAGGUUUGGAUCAACCUUCUUGGACAAAAUUGAGGUCUUUGUGCAUUUAUUGUUUAACACUGUUUAACACAACUAAUUUGGUAAUGGCCUUUUUGCUGAUGUUAUUGGGAAGAAACUGGGCUGUUUUUAUGAAAAAUAUCGUAAAGAUUGAACAUUGCAUGAAAGAAAUACAAAUUUCCGAAACUGUUGCGAGGAAGUCGGAAUACAUAUUCCAUGUGUUACUACUGGCACAAUUAGCAUCGAAAUGUAUGGAUCCAUCUGAUAAUGCAUGGGAUUAUUUGAAUAAUUAUUUUCUUUACGCGCAAGGAGAUUAUUUUAGGUACAUACCUUACAGUUUCUGGAUGGGAAUUCUCUUGCAGAUAGCAGACUUACAGGCGGUAUUUCUGUGGACUUUCAACGACGUACUUUUAAUAUCUUUCAGUACAUAUCUCGUAUCCUACUUUCAAAAUUUAAAUAAAAUUAUAUACAGUCGCGAAAAGAUGAAAGACUGGAAACGAAUCCGCCUGCACUAUUCUCACGCUGUGGCAUUGGUGACGGAAGUAGAUGUCCACAUACGCAGUAUGAGUCUCGUCACAAUCUUCGUGUACCUGUACUUUAUAUGUUUUCAGUUAUAUAAUACCAUUAAACAAGCUCAGGGCAAAACAUUUGGAUGUGAUCAUGUAACAGUUGACGAAAGUUCCCAAAUAGUGUACCGGGCUGUAUACUACAUUUACUCUACAGGAUAUUUAGUCGUGAGAUGUUUCAUGACAUCUCUGUUGGCGGCUAACAUUCAUUUAGUGGCUGGGAAACCACUUAUAGCUUUAAACGAAGUACCAUCAAAGGAGUAUACUAUUGAGGUGCAACGAUUUCAAAUGCAGAUUAGAUAUGCUCCGGUUGCGCUGAGUGGAUUGAUUUUCACUAUAACUCGGAAAACUAUACUUAAUGUGAUUGCCACCAUUACGACUUAUGAAUUAGUGAUGUUACAAUUUCAUGUCUCCAUCUUGCUAAUAAAACUUCCUAAUGGAAUUCCUGAAGGCAAAUAA